GACUUGUUUGAUGAUCSUCGGUAAAUGUCCGGAGGACGAAUAUUUUCCGACRAGUCAUUAACUAUUGCGUAGUAAACACAAUUGUUGACUUUUCUGCGCAUGAUUGAAAAAACAGAGGGCAAAUUCGUCCGAAAAGUUGGAUGCAAAGAUGAGAGACUUCGAGCUCCAGGGCUUGAAGUCACUUAGAUCGUUACAUCUUUUACGUAUACGUGUAUGUAACGCAUCUGGGAAAGACAUUACUUUGAAUGUAUCGAUCAAAGAUAAAGUAGCGACCGUGAAAGAUAAAGCWUUAGGAGGGGAAUUUCAUAAAGAUUCUACAUCAUACAAAAUGGUUCUUGCAAAAUGCCAUCGAAUUUUGGACGAUGGAAAAACAUUAGAAGAAGAAGAAAUACAAGAAGAUGAUGAGCUGAUUUUGCUGAAACGUCGUCAAAACACAACAAACGAAGACAAGGCGCAGAAACGAGUCCCAUUUAAAGUCCCAGACAUUGCAACUAUCCAAAGACUGACUUUGAAAUUAGAAGCAAGAAAAAAAGAGGAACCUGCUGCAGCAUCAUCAUCUGGACUUCCCGUAGAUUUCAAUGCUGAGCUAAGAAGAAUUUUAAUAUCGCUAAUCGACUCAUCGUUACUCCUGCAGUCUGUGGAUGAAUGUGAGRAUGGGAAUUGUAAAGAAGAAAGUGAGCCUGCUGACUUCCCAGUUGAUCCUGACACGUUACGGAAACUAACUGACAUGGGAUUCACWGAAGCAAAAGCUACGAAAGCCUUACGACUGCAUAGAAUGUCACCACUUCUUGCAAUGGAAUGGCUGCUUCAAUAUGAAGGAGAACCKGAGCAAGAAGAACCUGCUACUCCCUCUACAGAUAAAUACAGCAGAACAAGACGGAAAAGAAAGGAAUUUACACCUAAUGUUAGGGCUGUGGAAAACCUCAAGGAAAUGGGAUUCCAAGAAGAGGAGAUUCUAAUAGCUUUAAAAGUGACUGGAAAUAGCCAAGAAGCUGCUUGUGAGUGGCUCUUGGGAGACAAAAAAGGAAAUCUAGAAAACAUUGAUGAUGGUCUAGAUCCAGAAAGUCCUAUCUAUAAGGCCAUUAUGGAAAACCCGAUGGUUCAGCUUAGCUUGUACAACCCUAGAGUCCUUGCAGCAUUUGAAGACAUGCUUGAAAAUCCCCACAACAGUAAUUUGUAUAUAAGUGAUGCCGACACUGGUCCAGUUUUGUUACAAAUAUCAAGAAUAGUUCAAGGGUUUGCAAGAUGAUAGUUAUUGAAUUUUUUUUUUUACAAUUGAUACAUUGUUGUAAAAUGACUUAAUCCAUAUUUUGUACAUAUUUUGUUGUGUAAACUUCAAGGAAACUCAAAGAUUUCUUUGUUGUGUAUCUUUCUUUAAAAGUGCAUUCAAAUUGAUAUUAUUGUCAUAUGGCAGCAUUACACAGUGAAACUUUCUUGUGAAACUUAAUAGGAUUGCUGUUAUUGUGAGUUUGGUUUCCAGCCACUGUAGUAUGAUGUAAUGGCAUUGUGAAGCUUUAUCCUGAAACUUAUCUUCAAGUUUGCCUUGAAAAUGGUUUUCAAGACAAAGUCAAAGGAGUUUUACUUUUCAAUGAUCUUUUGAAAUCUGAGGAAGGAUUUGGCUAAAUUACCCUGCUUACAUUGUGUUGCAGUGCGUUGUGAAACUAGUCUGGAAGUUUCACAAAAAAUGUUUCAAUGUUUCAAUCAGGUGUUCAAUGCUGUCUUUUAAAAAACUCUCUCCAACUGGAGUUUCUCUUCUUUGGGAUGAGAUUCCRGUGGUGAAGUAUCAUCAUUCACCACAGAGAAACCAUUUAUCAUAUUGAGAAGAGAUAUUAUUGUAUAUUACCACAUCACUUUGAAAGUGCAGUGAGCAGUGAGUGUAAAUAGUGUACAUGUACAAAGGUCAACUAACAUUCUUGUUCUUAAAGUUAAAACCAUUGGUUGUUA